UUUCGGAAGUGGCUGCGGUGACGUAGAUCGCAGACGGCGCACCUUACUUAGACGCUAGAGGAGCCGUGGCUGUGGCGCAGGGGAUGCAGAGGUGAUCUAGGGCCGCGGACAGAGUGACCUGUGGUCUUGUGUUUCAGGAACGGAGGCUCCGGAGAUGGACGGGAGUCGCUCUGAGGUCCGGAAGUCGCAGAUCUCUUCCCGGAUGUGUCCCGCUCACCCCUUGAUCAGUUUCUGGGUCCGGCCCAACUCAGCGCUCCCGCGUCGGACGGCGGGCACUGGGGUCUCCGGGGCGCAGCGACCCUCUGGGUGGGAGGAAACUUGGCGGGCCGCGUCCCCCUGCUGGGAGAGCUGGCGGCCUAGACCCCCUGAAAGUGGCUGGGGACGGGGAGGAGGGCCGGGGUCACAGCCUGCCACCAAAAGAGCUUGGGUCAGGUGUUUCGCCCUCUGGGAUAGAGUGUGUGAUAGGGCCUAGCGUCGUGGAAAGGAUUGAAAGUGAAGAGGAUUUCUCCACCCACGAUGACUUCUGUGAGCAGAUCAGAGAUCUCAGAAGAAGAGGAAGCAGUGACGGCCAAGACUCGUGAUCAUCAAUUGCAAUCAAGUCUCAGUUGUGUGGAAGUGUUUGCUAAAUCACCUACCUCUCUGGCAAUGACUCAAAGCAUUUCAAAGGAAAGAAGUCACCUUGACUCUAGCCCGGAAAAGGGAGAAAGUUGUGGUGUCAGCCACCAGGAAGGACUUCAGUUGAGGUCCUUUCAUUUGUCCCCUCAAGAACAAUUUGUCCGUCAUCAAGACAGGAGGCAGUCAUGGCGGCGAGCAAGUAUGAAAGAAAUAAACCGACGGAAGUCACUGCCUCCCUUUCAUCAGGGCAUCACAGAGCUCAGCAAGUCCAUCGGUGUCAAUUUAGCAGAAAGCAAACGGCUUGGUGCUCUCCUGUUUUCCAGUUUCCAGUUCUCUGUUCAGAAACUUGAACCUUUCCUAAAGGACACCAAGGGCUUCAAUCUUGAAAGUUUUAGAGAGAAAGCAUCUUCUCUUUCUGAAGAAUUGAAGCAUUUUACAGACAGACUGGAAAGUGAUGGAACUCUACAAAAAUGUUUUGAAGAAUCAAAAGAAAAAGCAUCAGAUUUUCCUCUGGAAACAUCAGUGGCUGAGAUGAAGGAGUAUAUAACCAAGUUUUCUUUAGAAAGUCAGACUUGGGAUCAGCUUUUGCUGCAUUACCAGAAGGAGGCACUACCAGAAGAGAUGUCCAGAGGACCAACUGAAACUAAAAUCUCAGAAGUCAAAGUGGAUCAUCCAACAUAUCUUGGGUCUUCCCAGAGCAAAGUUCUUAACACAAAGCCUGACUACCAGAAAAUAUUGCAGAACCAGAACAAAGUCUUUGAUUGUAUGGAGUUGGUGAUGGAUGAGCUGCAAGGAUCAGUGAAGCAGCUACAAGCCUUUAUGGAUGAAAGUACCCAGUGCCUCCAGAAGGUGUCAGUACAGCUUGAGAAGAGAAGCAUGCAACAAUCAGAUUCUUCACCUGCUAGAAAACUGCUCAGACUUCACCUACAGAGCCCCCCUUCCACACAGUGCUCUGGAUCUUGUCAGUGAUCUUACCCAGCCUUUCUGCCAUGAGGUGAUCAGAGGAGAACACUGAGAAGAAUGCCCCAGCAUGUGGUGACCGUGUAGAGUCUGAGCUGGGAAGUUCUGUCUCAUUGCCCAUGUGCAUAGCUGACUGACUGCAGAGCACUUUGAUGUUUACUGAGUGAUGGAAUUUAUGAAUCCAAAAGAUACUGUAGAGAUACUUUUUCCAGAAAUGUAUAAAAUGCUUGAAACUUUCUUUUUGAAAUGAUCUUCAGAACCAGUGGCCCAUUGUUUUAAAUAUCCUUCAUGAUCAGAAAUCUUCAUCUUGUGAAGAUGUUUUCCAGGUUUUGAAACAAACCAAAGUCAUCUAGGACCAAGUUUAAUGAAACAUUUUAGGGAUCACAUUAGGUUCUGGCCAUAAAAGCAUGAGACUGGUUUUCUAGGUGAUUUUAGGUCCAGGAGCAUUGAGCAUUGUUUACUCAUUGGAAAUCAUUGGGAUACAUCAAAAUCAGGUCUCAUUUUUAUGACUUGGCUGGCCUUGACCAUGAUCCUGCUACUUAUGUUUCCUGCCUGAGAGGACAGGUGUGUACCACCACACCAGCUUGAUUGAUUGAGAUGGGGUCUCACUAAUGUUUUGCCCUGG